AUGGCCGGUGAAAAAGAUAAACCCAAAGUACCUAAGCCACGACAGAUACCCAAAUACAUGAACUUCAUCAUAGGAGGCACCAGUGGGUACGUACUUACAAUACAGCCAGCAGAUCUGUUAAAGACCCGCAUGCAGUUGCUAGGUCCCGCUGGAAAGAACAUGACGUUUAUACAGGUAGCACGAGAUAUCGUGAAAAAAGAGGGUGUUCUAGGUUUCUACGUGGGAUUGUCGGCUGCCCUGCUCCGACAGGCCACUUACGGCACUGGCAGGCUUGGCUGCUUCAAUGCAAUGUUCGACUGGCAUAAAGCGAUAACGCGAGAAGAAGGGAUAUCAACAUUAUGGAGGGGCGCCGGCGCUACUGUCAGCAGAGCCAUGGUCGUCAAUGGCGCUCAAUUGGGCUCCUAUUCCCAGGCUCGAGAAAUGCUUCUACCAUUCAUGUACGAUGGCUUGCCUCUUCACGCAGCAUCAGCCAUGAUUGCCGGUUUCAUCACUACUGUUGCCUCGCUACCCGUCGAUAUUGUAAAGACCAGAGUACAGAACGCCGCAGACAAGAGUACGGGCCAAUUGCAAGUUUUGAGGAGUGUCAUUAAAAACGAAGGCUUCAUGACUCUCUGGAGCGGUUUAAUGCCAACCUACGCCAAAAUCGGACCGAUGACUAUACUUAUAUUUGUAUUCCUAGAACAGCUUAACAAACUGUACUUCAAAGUAACUAGUUAA